UGGUCAACGACAGUUCCUCUUUGUACCAUACCUUCAUUCACCUCUAUCGAUAAUGAGCUCAGGUUCCUCUUCUAGCGCUACUAAUGGACUUCACCCUCACCCAGAAGUCUCAGAUCACAUAAAUCAUGUUUCUCAUUUGAACGGAUUUGCUGACCCUUCCCCUCACAAUCAAAAGAUCAUUGACUAUCUGUACAAUUACGGCUUUCAACGUGGCGAAUAUGCCGACACAGUGCUUCAUGUACAUCAAAAUGUAUAUCGACUUCAUGCCAUAAUAUUAUCUCGUUCCCCUUUCUUGGUUCAGUUAUUAUCUACUUCUCCGCAAGUUCAGGUCGGCGUUCCUCGAACGAUCUAUGUGCCAGUGGAGCGAGAGCCGGAAGUCACUCAGGAAGGUUUUGCUAUAGCUGUGGGCUAUCUUUAUUCCUCUGUCUCUCUGAGGCUCAUUCGACCAGAGAACGCCAGAGCUGUACUUGCUGCUGGAUGCAUGCUGGGAGGCAUGGAUGAUCUCUGCGAGCUUGCCUAUGCCACAUGCAAACGUUCGAUCUCUGUUGACACCAUAGGCGCUUGGCUCGAAUUUGUUGACGCGAUCCCUCCUUCAUCAAGUGGCGCAGAAACUCCUGGGCCAGACCUUUCUCCUAUCAGAAUAUAUGGGCCUUAUGUACAGAGACUGCGUGAUGAUGUCUUCCACUUUUUGGUAGUGACUCUUCCCAAUAUUCUGGAAAUACACGCCACUCCUUCUGAAGGUACACCGACAACUCCGGAAAACGGACGCGAAAUCUUGCUUCAAGUGUUCUCUAGGAUACCAUUUGACAUGUUCAAGGCUGCUGUAGAGUCACCCAAUUUCCAAAUCGGAUCAGACCAGGCGAGGUUCAAAUUUGCCAAAGAGGCGAUUGAGGCAAGGAAACGUGGUAUUGCACGAGGACUCGAAGAGACAGUUGUGCUAGCUUUCGGUGGAGGGAACUUUGGAACCAGUGCUGUACACGUCACUCGAAAGACGCGUAAGCGGCCGUUGUGGAAGGUCAAUUCCUGAUAGAUUCUUGAGUUGUAAGUAAGUUAGCAUGGAUCUUACAAUUCUUGAGCUCCAUUAUUUUCUCCUAUGUUGCCGAGGAUGUUUUCAGUUUUGCCGCUCGCUACCUGAGCCUAUCUCAAAUUGCUGAGUGGCAUACCUUCUGAUAUAGACAUAUGUUUUCAGUCC